GUGAGGGCUCUUGGGUUAGUUCCUGUUAGGCCCCAGCCGGGCUAGUAGGUUGAAGUCUCCGAAGAUGCCUAGUGGAUUGAGGCGCCGGGAGCUGUGAAGAGAGGGCGUGAGGCAGCGGCGGCGGCGGCGGCUGGAGAGACCCGCGGCGGGGCUGAGGAGAAGCGGCGGCCGAGCCCGCCUCCCCUGCACCAUGCUCAUAGAGGAUGUGGAUGCCCUCAAGUCCUGGCUGGCUAAGUUACUGGAGCCGAUCUGUGAUGCUGACCCUUCAGCCUUAGCCAACUAUGUUGUAGCACUGGUCAAGAAGGACAAACCUGAGAAGGAAUUGAAAGCCUUUUGUGCUGAUCAACUUGAUGUCUUUUUACAAAAAGAAACUUCAGGUUUUGUGGAUAAACUAUUUGAGAGUCUUUAUACUAAGAACUACCUUCCACCUUUGGAACCAGUUAAACUUGAGCCAAAACCACCAGUACAAGAAAAAGAAGAAAUUAAAGAAGAGGUAUUUCAGGAGCCAGCAGAGGAAGAACGAGAUGGCAGAAAAAAGAAAUAUCCUAGUCCCCAGAAGAUUCGUUCAGAAUCUAGUGAACGAAGGACACGUGAGAAGAAAAGAGAAGACGGCAAGUGGAGAGACUAUGACCGUUACUAUGAGCGGAAUGAAUUGUACCGUGAUAAAUAUGACUGGAGAAGAGGCAGGAGUAAGAGUCGUAGUAAGAGCCGAGGCCUGAGUCGGAGCCGAAGCCGAAGUAGGGGCCGCAGCAAAGACCGGGAUCCAAAUAGGAAUGUUGCAGAGCACAGGGAAAGAUCAAAGUUUAAGAGUGAAAGAAAUGACUUGGAGAGCUCCUAUGUACCUGUAUCUGCACCACCUCCAAACUCUUCUGAGCAGUAUUCCUCUGGGGCACAGUCUAUUCCCAGCACCGUUACUGUGAUAGCACCUGCGCACCACUCUGAAAACACAACAGAGAGUUGGUCUAAUUACUAUAAUAAUCACAGCUCUUCCAAUUCUUUUGGCCGAAACCCACCACCAAAGAGGCGCUGCAGAGAUUAUGAUGAAAGAGGAUUUUGUGUCCUUGGUGACCUUUGUCAGUUUGAUCAUGGAAAUGAUCCCUUGGUUGUUGAUGAAGUUGCUCUGCCAAGCAUGAUUCCUUUCCCUCCACCUCCUCCUGGGCUUCCUCCUCCACCACCUCCUGCAAUGUUAAUGCCUCCAAUGCCAGGCCCAGGCCCAGGCCCAGGCCCUGGACCUGGUCCAGGCCCAGGCCCAGGUCCAGGUCCUGGACACAAUAUGAGACUUCCUGUUCCCCAAGGACAUGGCCAGCCUCCACCUUCUGUUGUGCUUCCCAUACCAAGACCACCAAUAACACAGUCAAGCUUGAUAAACAACCGUGACCCGCCUGGAACAAGUGCAGUGCCCAAUCUUGCACCAGUGGGAGCAAGACUACCUCCUCCUUUACCCCAGAACCUCCUUUAUACAGUAUCAGAACGACAGCCCAUGUACUCUCGUGAACAUGGCGCUGCUGCAUCUGAGCGACUUCAGUUGGGGACACCGCCUCCUCUGUUGGCAGCUCGUUUGGUGCCACCUCGAAACCUCAUGGGAUCCUCCAUUGGGUACCAUACCUCAGUCUCCAGUCCCACCCCUCUGGUCCCAGAUACGUAUGAGCCAGAUGGUUAUAAUCCAGAAGCUCCUAGUAUUACCAGUUCUGGUAGAUCUCAAUACAGACAGUUUUUUUCAAGAACACAGACACAACGCCCAAAUUUAAUUGGUUUAACAUCUGGAGAUAUGGAUGCAAAUCCGAGAGCUGCUAACAUUGUCAUCCAAACUGAACCACCAGUUCCUGUUUCAAUUAAUAGCAAUAUAACCAGAGUAGUUCUUGAACCAGAUAGUCGAAAAAGAGCCCUGAGUGGUUUGGAAGGGCAACUCCCAAAGAAACCUUGGCUGGGAAAGCAAGGGAAUAAUAAUCAGAGUAAACCAGGAUUCUUGAGAAAGAAUCAGUAUACAAAUACCAAAUUAGAAGUCAAGAAAAUCCCUCAGGAAUUAAAUAAUAUUACCAAGCUCAAUGAACACUUCAGCAAAUUUGGAACUAUUGUUAACAUCCAGGUUGCAUUUAAGGGAGAUCCUGAAGCAGCUCUAAUCCAGUAUCUGACCAAUGAGGAGGCACGGAAAGCCAUUUCCAGCACUGAAGCAGUUCUAAACAACCGGUUCAUUCGAGUCUUGUGGCAUAGGGAAAAUAAUGAGCAACCAGCACUACAGUCUCCAACACAGCUGCUUUUGCAACAGCAGCAAACACUUACUCACCUAUCACAACAGCACCAUCACCUGCCACAGCACCUUCAACAACAGCAGGUGUUGGUAGCCCAGUCUCCUCCCUCAACAGUCCAUGGAGGUAUCCAGAAGAUGAUGAGCAAACCUCAGACAUCAGGUGCAUAUGUUCUUAAUAAAGUUCCUAUUAAACAUCGUCUUGGACAUACAAGUGGAAAUCAAAGUGAUGUGCACUUACUGAAUCAGUCAGGUGGUGCUGGAGAUGAUUGCCAGAUAUUUUCAAGUCCAGGACAUCCAAAAAUGGUUUACAGCACCUCAAACUUAAAGACACCUUCAAAACUUUGUUCAGGGUCUAAAUCUCAUGAUGUUCAAGAAGUUCUUAAAAAGAAACAGGAAGCACUGAAACUACAACAAGAUAUGAGAAAAAGAAAGCAAGAAAUGUUAGAAAAGCAGAUUGAAUGCCAAAAGAUGUUAAUAUCUAAACUAGAAAGAAACAAAAAUAUGAAACCAGAAGAGAGAGCAAAUAUAAUGAAGACUUUGAAAGAACUUGGAGAAAAGAUCUCACAAUUGAAAGAUGAAUUAAAAACAUCUUCUGCAGUCUCCACACCAUCUAAAAUAAAGACAAAAACGGAGGCACAGAAAGAACUAUUAGACACUGAAUUGGACCUUCACAAAAGGCUAUCCUCAGGUGAAGACACAACUGAAUUGCGGAAAAAGCUCAAUCAGUUACAGGUUGAGGCUGUACGACUAGGUAUUUUAUCUGUAGGUAGAGGAAAGACCAUGUCUUCUCAAGGUCGAGGAAGAGGCCGUGGUCGUGGAGGAAGAGGAAGGGGCUCACUAAAUCACAUGGUUGUAGACCACCGUCCCAAAGCACUGACCGUUGGGGGAUUCAUGGAGGAGGAAAAAGAUGAAUUACUUCAGCAUUUCUCAAGUACAAACCAAGGGUCAAAAUUCAAAGAUCGUCGGUUACAAAUAUCAUGGCACAAGGCCAAAGUGCCUUCUGUAUCCACUGAGACUGAGGAAGAAGAAGUCAAGGAGGAGGAAACAGAAACCUCAGAUUUGUUUCUGCAUGAUGAUGACGAUGAAGAUGAAGAUGAAUAUGAAUCUCGUUCAUGGCGAAGAUGAAAUCUAUUGCGAGCUGUGUAAUUUUUAGGAAUAUUGUUUAGAAGAACAGCUUUUUAAAAUUAUUUAAAGAAGUCAAUGAGCCAAAAAAAUUUUUUUAUUUUUCUUUUCAACACAGUAGGUUUAAAGACAGCAAGUUUGCUAUUUAAACACAUCUCAUAACUGUUCAUGAUAUUAAAGCACCAAAGGCCUAGUGACUUUUACACACUUGUGAAGAUCCACAGGAAUGACAUGAAUAAUCUCUAGAGCCUUAUUUCCCACACCACCUGUUUCUCUUGCUAUUGGUGUUGGAUUCUGAUGUAAAUGACAGGGUGUUCAGAAAUUUUAUUUUGAUUAUAAUUUGCUGAUAAAAUUUCAUUAAAUGUCAAAAUUGCCUGUUAUCUCUUAACUCUCAACUAUUAUGGAUGGGUUGUCAGACAGUAGAAGAUAUUUGUAAUUAAAAUGCCCUUUUACUUUCAAGAGUUCUUGAAAGAAAAGUAAAUUUGUUUUAUUUAUUUAUUAUUAGUAUUAUUUUUAAACUGUGGAGCAGCCCAAUUUGUAUUCAAUCUGAAUUUUGGUGGAGGUUUUGAGUUCAGUAGUAAAUGCCAUUUAUAGACUCUAUUCGUAAAUGCUGUAAGGCAUUGGUAGUUAGUUCCAUGAUACUUCUAUUCUUUCAUAGUAGUAACUCUCCUGAACUUCUGCUAUUGCUAUUUCAUGAGCUUUGAUACAGUUGGUCCUUUUUAUUAAUAGUCUUAAACUAUAAAAGGCUUUGACUUGUUGCCCCUUUCCUCAUCCUAUUUUCUUCUGCCCUUUAAAUUCAUAGAUCUGAUUUACCCAGUACUGAAAUAAGUAAUUCUCUCGGGCCACUAAAAGUCAAUCCCUAAUAAAAAGUUUAAACCAGCACCUUGAUAUAUAUGUGGUAUUUUGAUGAGAAUAAUGGAAGGGUUUGUAGAAGAGAGAAGGUCACUGGCUUUCCCCCCCCUUUUCUUUCCUUUUUGUUUUGUUUCAAGCUAGUUAUAAUAACACAGGGGUUAAAAGUUCUUUUUCCUAAGUUUAAACCAUGAUGGUGCAGUGACUAAGGGAAGGGUUGGGGAUGCUAUUAAUAAAUGGGAGUCAUAACUUGACUUUGAUCAGAUGAACUUAUAUUUUCAUUAUUUUAUAGUUUAUCACUAUCCAUGAACAUCCUUGAGUAGUCAAUUCCCAUCACUGUGUGCAUUUUUACUGUACACUGUAUAGAGUCUGUUAAGUAAAUCUAUAUGUAAAUUUAUGUCCUUGUGUUCUGAAUGUUAGAUGGAAAAGCAGAGGAGCAACACUACACUGUAUUUACCCCUGGGGGAAAUAUGAUAAAUGUAUAUAGGAUGUCAGUUUUCCCAAGCAUAUGCACAUCUAUUUUAUGUAUGCGUGAAGUGAAAUUUUAAACUUCUUGUUGGCUUCAGAAGAUUCAUUGUGAUUACUACAUUAAGGAUUUUGUUUCUUGAGAUAAAGAUGUUUCUCAAAAUAUAAACUAUUCACUAAGAAACAUAAAAUCAUCAGAAAUCUAGAUUUACUGAGCUACAAGAAGUCCCAUGUUCUGUUGUCUUUCUUUGCAUUUCCCUGGAAUGAUAUGUCAAGCCAGUAUCAUUUUUAAGUUUAUGAAAUUUUCUUUUCAUAAUAACUUCCUCUUUCAAGAUUAUUAUUACAUUUCUUAUAACACUGAAGCUAAAUAAGCUUAUAAAAGAAGGAAAAUAUUACAGUGGGGUACCUAGAAUAAGCAAUCUUGCUCCUUCCUCCUCCAUCAUCUCUAAUGAAAUUUUCUUGAUGUCUGUGACUCAGUCGGUAUAUAUUUUGAAAGAUUCAUUGUGGUGAAUAUUUUGAGUCCUGACAAGUUUAAACGUGAUAGAGGGAACAAAGGAUUUAUAUAUUUUUUGUACAAAGUUUUUCUUAAACUGUAUAAUUUUGUAAAUAAUUUGUUUUUUUCUUUUUCUUUUUUUUUUUUUUUGUGUGUGUGUGUACUAAAACUACCAGCGUAUAGAUUUCAAUAAGAAUUGUUGUAUUUUUGUAUUUGGAAACUGAAAAUUACAGUAAAUUAAUGGAGCUGUAAGAAAAUUUUCAGUAGACUGACAGUUCAACAGAAUGAGAUUCCUUUUCAUAUGAUUUUUUAACCUAAAAUUAACAUCUUAACUAUACUCUCCAUUCAGAGAAUUGAGGAUUUGUUUGACUUUUCAGUUUUUGGGGAGAGGAAGAUAAAAGAGACGGCUUUAAGAACAGAUACUUGACAUUUGAGGCCUUAGUAUAAAAUCAGUUUUUAAUAGAUCUUAAAUAGGAGUAAAGUGCUUCAAGAAAGCUUUUUUUUUUUUUUUUUUUAAAUAUGGCUAAAUAGAGUAUUAGACAUUUUAAAUUAAAGUUAUAUAAAGUAGUUGAAUAAUUAUUUUUCCCCUUUGGAUUAUUAUUAUUUUUAACCCCCAUCAUCAAUAUAAGUAUUAGAGUUUCUCUUAAAGGCAUGUAACUACCAUGACUUUUUUUCUUGUAUAUUUCCAUUUGCAGAAAUAGCAUUUCACAUAUGAGGCAAAUUCUAUACUUGUAAAUUUGUAUGGUAUUUAUAAGAAGUUGAUGAACAAUAACAGCUACCAAUUUGGUCAGGUUAGUCUGGUUUGCUAGAGAAUUAUUGCCCAAGCAUAGAAACAUAACCCCAGGAAAUGCAGAAUUUCCUUCAACUUCUUCAUAUUAUAACACUGGGAAAACAUCACUGGCUGAGAUGAUAAAUUAGAAGACAGUCUUGGUAGGUUCAUGGUGGUGGAUCAUUAUUUCAAAAAGAAGGAAAAAAAUCAUGUGAAAAGGAAUAGUGGUUCCUCUUGAUGUAUAGUAUGCCUGUAUUAUAGUUUUUACAAAAUUGUGAACUUGUGUAAUAGUAUAAUAGAUAUUGUUGAAUUUCUAACUGUUUAUACAUUUAAAUUCAUAUAUGUAAUGUUUUGUUUUAUUGAUUACAAUCUGAAUUUCUAAGAAGCAUGUUGACUUUUGCAAUAAAGAUGCAAUAUGGAAUGGUUCACAAUUGGAAAAAGAAAAAAGAUGAAAGUAUUACAAAUUUAAAAGAAUUUGAAAAUUUUAUGAACCAUUCCAAAAAUUAUAACAAUCACUAAAA